UCUCCGCCUACGCCGGCAAACUUUUGCGACAUCGCCACGAAAAUCACGAAAAAGAAAUCUUUCAAUAUAAAUAGGAAUUAAAACAUUUAAAAAUCAUGAUUGAGGCACUCUAUAACCUACCCUUUCACAUCCUGGUGCCGCCAAACAUCAAAGUACGAAGAUUUAGCAUUCCAAUGCCUUCGCCAAUGGCUGUCUUCAGUGUUAUUUUGUUUUCCUAUUUUCUGGUGACUGGCGGCAUUAUAUACGACGUUAUCGUGGAGCCGCCAAGUGUGGGAGCCACUGUGGAUGAGCACGGACAUUCUCGUCCUGUGGCCUUCAUGCCUUACCGUGUCAAUGGCCAAUACAUCAUGGAAGGUCUAGCCAGCAGCUUCCUGUUCACCAUCGGUGGUCUGGGAUUUAUUAUCAUGGACCAAACCCACUCGCCGGGAAAGACGAACCUCAAUCGCCUGCUGCUGACCGCCAUGGGAUUCAUUUUCAUUCUGGUCUCCUUCUUUACUACAUGGCUCUUUAUGCGCAUGAAGCUGCCCAGUUACUUGCAGCCCUAGAAUCUCUACUAAGAACGGAUCAAUGCUCUCUUAGUGUUAUCUUAAAGUCGAAAAUCUCUAAAAUCAAUCAUUAUCCGAAGAAUUUCCAGUUUGAUUUUCAAGCUUCUAAAAAACGAUCAAAUUCAUUCCUGAAUCGGAUUUCGAUAUUGAUUUAAAAUAUUGCUUAACUUAUAAUAACGCUUAGACCAUAUAUACAUAAGAUUAUGUGGCUGGCUUAAUAGCAAAAAAUAUGAACUAUUAUCAGUUUUAUGAAACUAUAUCAUUUUCUGUUUUUCAUUGAGGUCAAAAAGUAAUAGACUUGUGCAAGUUAGGGCCUAAUGUCCCAGGUUAUAUGGAAAAUAAACUCUUUAAUUUUAUAAUUUCUAA